GCAGCAUGACUUUGCAAUGCAUCGUAUUUAACAUGGAUAUGAUUUUAGAGAGACAACGGAAAUCGAUUGACGGGUCAUCUGUUUCAGUCAUUGAUUGCGAUAUAAACAUUAUGAAAUAAUUGGAAUCAGUCUAUAGUGAAACGCGACAUGGGUUCUUGACAUAAAUGACGUACAGGAUUUAUUCAUAUUUUAUAUACAUUGCAAAUGAGCAGACGACACUUAGCACCAUAGGAAAUGGCGUUCAGAAAUAAGCUACCGGUCAAUAAUGAACACCAAAGUUAAAGAAGGUAAAACAAUAUGGAACAUUACAUUGAUGGAUUGAAGGAUAUUUUAUAGAUGACAGAGAAUUGCAAAAACAAAAUAAUUUCGCAUUAGCGUUCGGAAACACCAUGCCUGCCGGGAAAGGUCAACGGAGUACGAAGUCCGAGAUAAAUGGACAUACGGAUAAAAAGAAACACCACCACAAGACGCCAAAAUCAAAUUUCCGGAAAGCCCACAGAGAUCUAAAUAUAGCUGAUACGAAAGAUCCACUUGAAGACAGGCGUAAACAAGACGAGAAGUUGUUGAAAGAGUUAAGUGAUAUUGUUGGAGAAUAUAGUCAGCAGCGCAUGAGGGCGCUACACAUGAGUCUACGGCAGUAUGGUAACGACGAGGGGAGAAUGACCAGCAAGGAAAUGCUCCAAGCUCUUCAGGAUAACUCUGUCUCAUUUCCAAGUCUUCUUUUGAAAACGCUUAUUACCAAAUUUGACAGUACCAAAGGGAUAGAUCUCGAAGCGCUGUUCCGUUUUCUUAUCGAAUCACAUGGGCGCACGGGCCGUGACAGUGUCAUGGCUAUGCACAAACGUAACGAUCUUGCUCCUCGGACUGAUGUGUCACAGGACGAUAUUGAUGAAGACCUACUGUGGAGAAUUGAGUCACAGCUAAUCAAAUGCCAGGACUACAUUGACCUUGCAGGACUGAGGUCCGAGCUUCAGAAAAGAGACAGUGGGAAGUGUGGAAUCAUUGAUGGCCCGCAAUUGAAGCACGUCUGCAACGACCUACAGCUACCAGUUUAUGGGGCUCUCCUGAAAAAUUUGAUGAAAAGAUGUGACGAAGCAAAAAAUGAUAAAAUAUGCUGGCCAGAAUUUCUUUCCUUUCUCGAGCGUGCACAAGAAAACGCGAAAAUAACUUGCCCGAGUCUGAAAUCUCUACCGGAAAGAUUAAAGAGUAGAACCCCUGUUGAACCUUCACCUAUAGACGAACUGUCAUCCAAAACAAGAAUUAGCAUCGUUAAUAAACUACGUAAAAAGAGCGCCAUCAAAACAACAGAAAGAAAACAAGAAACCACCAAUGACACUGAAACUGCUGAUACUGCUAAAGAGGCCUCUGUCAAUAUUGCUGAUAAGAAAACUGAGACUGUGGAAAACGGGGUAGACGGUGAUGACAAGGAUAAAAAUAGUUCAUUGGGUCAGCAACGAGAGGCUUCAACAGUGUCGGUAUCAGAUCAAAAAGAGAAUGAUGGGUCACACACGCCGUCUGAAGAAAGAAAUUCAACAGUUGUUACUUUACAAGACGUUCAGUCUCGUCCUUCUACUGAGAAAAGUGCAGCUGAUGAUAUUGAUUUAACAGACGACACGAGUAUCAACGAAACAAACAAAACCAACGAAGACGAAAUGAAACAAACGGAACAGAAUUGGGAAAAAGAACUAACAUUGCAGAGCUUAAGCAAUUCUGAUAACAAGGGAGAUAAUGAAAUAAACGCAGAUUUGCCAAAGGAUAGUGAUAGUGUUGAAAUGGUUACUUUCAAGAAUGGUGAAAUAGUUUCCGUUGACAACGAAGAAGAAGAGGACAGCAGUCACCAAUUGGCGACAGACGGGGAGAAAACACUUAUUUCUAUUGAAGUCAAGGGGAAGACUUUAUCAUUUGUAGCAGAUAAAGAUUACAUUGAGAAACAAACAAUUGAACCUCCUUGUGAACGGUUGAAACUGCAAUGGGUAUAUGGUUACCGAGGAAACGAUUGUCGGAAAAAUAUUCAUAAUCUAUCUGGAGGUGACAUUGUUUAUUUCAUGUCCUAUAUCGCAGUCAUUUACAACAAAGAAAACCACAAACAAAAGUUCUAUAGAGAACAUACUGAUGAUAUUAAAUGUAUCGAUGUCCAUUCGAACAAAUACAUCGUUGCCAGCGGACAAUAUGCCAGCAGAAAGAAUACAUCUAUAAAGGCCGUUGUAAGAAUCUGGAGGGCGGAUAAUCUUCAUACGUUACAUGUUCUUGGUGAAGGUGUGUUCGAAAAGUCAGUGGCUUGCAUUGCAUUCGCACCAAAUAAGGAUUUGAUAGCUGUUGUGGAUAACAGCUUAGAAAAGAGAUUAACUGUAUGGGACACGUCAACUGGUACCAUGAAAGGACAAGACGUGUUACAAACGGACCUAGUCUGUGAUAUUGGUUUCAAUCCAAAAUAUCCCGAAACCUUGGUAACUAUUGGAAAGGAACAUACAUGCUGGUGGAAGAUUUAUCCUGAAAGUGAUACUGUACAAGCUUCUUCAAAACCGGAUUAUGAUAAUUUUCUGAGAGCAAAGUUUGUCAUAUGUUUAACAUUCAAUGAGCGAGGAGAUCUUAUCACGGGUGAUUCUAACGGAACAAUUUAUGUGUUUGGAGACGGUGGCAAUAAGAUUACCAACUUUAUAAAACAUGGACAUGAUGGUCCGGUAUUUACAGUUUUAUAUCACAGAGGAUAUAUUCUGUCGGGUGGAAGAGACGGUAUUAUUCACUCGUGGCAGUGGGGCAAAGACAUGAUCAGUGCCGGCUUUAUUGAGAUGCCUAAAUUAGAAGGGGGUGCUCGAAUGCUGUGUUUGACUAAAAGUGGCCUUUUGAUUGGAACUACCAUGAAUUCAAUGUUGUCAGUAAAAAUAUCAGAAACCGACACUCCUUUACAAGGUGCUAAGUUUGACGACACUCCAAUAACACAGUGUCAUUAUGACGAGCUACGAGGUUUGACCAUUGCGCCGGCAUGCUCGGCAGAUGUCUUCACGGCGGGGCUAGAUGGUAUAUUGUGCGGGUUCGACUCUCAACUUAGGAAGCCAGUAUCAAAAGUUCAGUUUAAGAGUAACCAGUACCUUUGUGUUGAUACCAAUGAUGUUGGAACACUGUUUUCACUCGGGACUAAAGAUGGACAUUUGCAGAUUUUAUCACAUAAUGAUGAGGGGACAUUUGAAGAGGUGAUUAAUAGGAAAAUAUGUAAGGACAGAAUCGACUGUAUCAAGUUAUCACCAGAUUCUAGAUGUAUAGCAGCAGGGUCGCAUGAUAGUUGCAUUUAUAUCUUCUCAAACUUGCCCAAAGAUGACGGUUCAUUAGUUUGGGAAUUUGUUGGAAAAUUAAAGGGUCAUUCUGGUCCGGUCAACGGUUUAGACUGGUCAACAGAAAAAUCUGCAGACGACGAUUAUAUGCUAAGGUCAAGGCGACCUGCAACACUCGAAGUCUUCAGCAAACAAGACGUUAUUCAUAAGGCCAGGUGGAUGACGCAUUCGGUCAUGGUUGAACUUUCAAUUGCUGGAAUUAUGACGUCAAAAUUUUUGAAGAAUGCAGAUAUGACGUCACUAGACGUUAAAGCGACAGAAAACUUAGCAGCAUGUGGUGAUACCUCAGGAAACCUUAGAUUUUAUCGGUAUCCAUGCAGCUUGAGUGGGACAUUUUGCCAUUCGUACCGGAGUCAUGCCAACAUGCAUGGUAUAAGAUAUACUGCCAAUGGAAAAUAUGUCAUGACGGUAGGGGGUCGGGACUCUUGUUUAAUGCAGUGGGAGAUAGUUUGAUAUCCUACCGGUGAAAUAUGACAAUUUUUGUGCAAAUACUCACAUUUGUUUUACCGUAUACAGUAAGAUGAUAUUGUUGGCCGAGUUUUAACUCUUACUAACAAUGUUUAGUCCUAUACGAUGACAUAACAGCUUAAACUGGCGAAGGAAGAAUCAAUCAGAAGUGCCCAAUGAAAUUUUUUUUUCAGGCAUAAGUUUUAACUCUAACCAUUUGACAAUAUUUAGUUCCGUACGGUGAAAUAUCUGCUUAACUGGUAAAAGAAGAAUGGACCUUUGAAAGUGCCCUCCUUUGACAUUAUUUUCAGGCACAAGCGAGCAUUGGAUUUAACACUCUAAUCAGUAGGAUAUUGUUUAUAACUCACUAGGGAGAUAUCGUUUAUAUAUAGAUUCUAAUACUCAUUUGUUUUGUGAUAUAUUGAAAGUUUGAAAAACUAAAUGCCGGAAAAGCACAUAUCAUUUCUAUACAACAUGUUGUUUUUGUAAUAAAUAAUUUUAAAUAUAG